AUGACGAUAUUACAGUCAUCGAAGAGCGGUCUGUUCGACGCGAUGCAUAUUUGGCUCAUUUUAGAGCACACCAGUGCUACACGGAACAUGACUAUUGAUGAUAUGAUGCAACAAAUGAAUUUGAGUGUCGAUUCCGAUAUUGCAUUAGCUACUUUUACGGGAAGCCGUUACGAGCUAACGGAUAUAUUUAACUUUGGCAAGAUACAGGGAAACGAGUUGGAGAAAAAAUUCUUGGGGACUUGGGACCAGACAAACGGUUUGAAGAUUUCCUCGAAAUCAUUCAAAUUUUAUGAUCGCUGGGAUUUCCACAAUCUGACGUUGCGAGUUGUCACUGUGGUCGUGGGUCAGCCAAAAACAUUUGAGCCAGAAAUGCUUACAAGCUUAUCUUAUACAAAGGGAAUAUCAGUUUUUACAAAAACAGCUGCGAUCCUACUUGACGUUUUAAAGGAAAAACACAACUUUAGGUUUAACUAUACUGUAGCUGGUAGAUGGAUCGGACCUCCACACAAAAACGCUUCAUUGGCGGUGACGAAUUCGCUGUACUGGGGUCAACAAGAUCUCUCCUGCACUUCAGCCAGAAUCACGUCGGAGCGACUUCAAUGGGUGGACAUUUUCAACCCCCCUGUCACACAACUAGAAUCCCGAUUUUUCUACCUUAUACCAAAUAAAGGCAUAGGUAACUAUGAGAACAAAUUUCUGACUCCUCUCUCCCCAGCGGUUUGGUGGUGCUCUGUGGGUGCUGGUAUCUUUUGUGUUCUCGUGCUGGCUGUAGCAGCGGUUUUGGAACGCAGACCUAGGCCAACGAUCUAUGCUGUGCUAAGUGUACUGGGGGCGGUGUGUCAACAGGGUUACGAAGAGGGGACGGGCAUCGUUGAACACCGAUAUUCGUGUCAAGGUCAACGUGUGACUCUAUUAGUCAUAGGCUUGACAAGUAUGCUACUAUACAACUACUAUACAAGUAGCGUAGUAUCUUGGCUUCUUAGUGCCGCGCCACCCACUCUGUCAGAUAUAGAUGGACUUAUUAGGAGUGACUUUGAGCUUAUUUUUGAGGAUAUAGGAUACACAACAGGCUGGUUUGAGGACGCAGGUUUUUUUUACUAUAAAGGAUAUAAGGACCCCAAAGAGGAUGAGCUGAGAGAAAAGGUGAGAAACACAAAGCGUACCAAGGACUUGUACCAAACUGUCGAGUAUGGAAUUGAGCUCAUUCGCACAGGAGAUUACGCAUAUCACACAGAACCCUACUCCGCGUAUCAAACAAUCUCACGUACAUUUGUCGACUCAGAACUGUGCCGACUGGGAUCAUUACCCAUGAUAUAUCCCUCGCCUGUCUAUAUCAUGACACAGAAGAGAAGCUCUUAUAAAAAGUUCUUCAAUUGGAGUUUAAUGCGCCUUAAUGAGAGGGGUCAUAUAAAAGCGGCUCAGGCGCGCGUGGCCGGGUUCAUCGCGACAUGCUCGGGCAGUACACCACGGGCUCUUGCGCUCGGGCAGGCAGCUCCAGCUUUCGGUCUACUGGCAUCUAUCACUAUAGUUGCAGUUUUCAUAUUGCUUUUGGAGAUUCUAUGGCAUCGGUGGGCAUACAAGAACAGAAAGGAUUUGUCAUUUCACAAAACGCGGAACGAGCAGAGAAAAACAAUUUCUCAAAGACCAUAAAAAAACAAUAAAGGAAUGAGGUUUGAUGGGCCGCGCUCUCGCAAAUCAUUGUCGGGGAUCUUCACACAAACUGAACACUUAACUAGAGUAACCUGAAUUUUCACUUAGAAUUUUUAAUAAAAUAUGCAAAUGUCAGGAAGCUCUCCAGAUGCUACGUGACAACAUCUACCGACAGAUGUUCCCAAUAACAAUUAACGAGUAGAUAUUGCUUAUGAUGACGAUGACGUGGUAGGAGAAUUAUUUGGUGCAUGGUAGACAAUGAUGAACGAAGUAUUUUGAAUGGGAAGCAAACCAACCUAAAAUUGCAGUCGGGUGUUCUAAUCACUUGUCUAUAUAUAUAUAUAUAUAUAUAUGUUUAUUGCCAGUUCUUCUCUUCAGUUCUACGCCCUUGAUUUGAGAACUGGCAGUAAAUGUAAAAUUAGAAGCAUUUAAUGAAUAUUUCUUUUAGACGACUUCGACUUUUGACUUUUAUAUGCGCAAUUAUUCUCGUUCAUACGGUGAAGGAAAUCAUCGUAAGGAAACGGUGACAUAGACGCAAAAAUCCACUGCUUGUGUCGGUUAGAGAAUAAUGUCGGUUGUCGAAAAAAAUAUAUCAAAAAACACAUACAGAAAUCGAACAGCACGAAGGAUUGUAGCGCCACAGGUUUUUGUCAACGCAUAUACCAUAACUUGUUUGUGGAAUUAAGUUUAAAAAUUCUCAAGACAAUCCAGAGCAUCGAAGUUGGACAGUCUUCCCCAUUGUGAGGAUCCCUAAGAGUGGUUUGACGUGCCGCGAGCGUUGAAUAAUGGAACCGUCGGCGGGCUAUCUAAAUCUCACGUUAUAAAUGAUGCGAUCAAUUCUUGUUUACUCCCGAAGGCCCUCAUUGAAUACCACCCGCUCCGGGAUGCACUGCGUUUGUCUUCUCCGAUAUCUUAAAAGGCUUGGGUAAUUGAAAACUGUUAAAUAUCGCUCUUGUCACCGUUCAUUGUUUGCAUG